UUUAGCGUUUUAUCCGUUUGUCUUUGUAUCCAAUUUUCAACUCCCAUUCGGCAAGUUGCGUGUGAUAGGAAGUGACGUAUAUCGAUGGACAUCUCUGCUGAAUGCCGCCUGAGGAAGAUCUCCGGCCAUCUUCAAGCGGACGCCGUCGGAGAUACGCAUUAUCAGUUGAGUACCAGCUCCACUUCUGGGGAGUUCGUCUAUGGACAGCGUUAUAGUGUUGUCCUUCCUGAGAAGUUGCAGACUGGGAAAUGGAAUGUAUACAGAUCUGCACGGUCACCAUUGAAACUGGUUUCUAGAUAUCCAGAGCAUCCAGAUAUUGGAACAUUACAUGAUAAUUUUGUGCAUGCAGUCGACACUUUCUGUGACCACAAGUAUUUAGGGACAAGAAUACGUGCAGAUGGAACAGUUGGGGAGUACAAAUGGAUGACUUAUGGGGAAGCAGGUACAUCCCGAUCAGCAAUUGGUUCUGGUCUAUUAUAUCACGAGGUCCCUAAACAUGGAUGCAUUGGACUAUAUUUCACAAACAGACCAGAGUGGAUCAUUGUAGAUCAUGCGUGCUCAGCAUACUCUUACAUAUCAGUGCCAUUAUAUGAUACUCUUGGACCUGAUGCUGUGAGUUAUAUUGUUAAUCAUGCUGAUAUACAAGUUAUUUUUUGUGUACCACAAACACUGAGUAAUUUAUUAAGCUUUUUUCAUAAGAUUCCUUCAGUGCAUCUGAUAGUGGUAGUUGGGGCAUCAGAUGUGAAUAUACCUUCAGCUACAUCAACAAACCAACCGGCAAUUAUUACUUACUCUAAGCUUCUUGAACAGGAUAAUCUGAAAUUGAUGGAUGACAUGGCAGUUCUCCGGCCUACAGUGUUUGCCAGCGUUCCUCGUCUCUAUAAUAGAAUUUAUGCUGGUGUUAUGAAUGCGGUCAAGGCAUCGGGGGGACUCAGGGAGAGAUUAUUCAAUGUCGCUUACAGCACAAAGAUGCAAGCUAUAUCAAAUGGAAAAAAACCAUCUCCAAUCUGGGAUAGAUUAGUAUUCAACAAAAUUAGGGACAAACUUGGAGGGCGGAUUCGCAUAAUGUCAUCAGGAGCCUCACCAUUAUCUCCAGAUGUUUUGGAGUUUCUUAAAAUAUGCUUUGGAAGCCAUAUUAUUGAAGGCUAUGGGAUGACAGAAACAUCUUGUGUAAUAAGUAAUAUGGAUGAGGAUGACACCUUAGCUGGUCAUGUUGGUUCUCCAAAUCCAGCUUGUGAAAUCAAACUCAUUGACGUUCCUGAAAUGAACUAUACCUCUGAAGAUCAUCCUUAUCCUCGUGGUGAAAUUUGUGUAAGGGGGCCUAUAAUAUUUCAAGGCUACUACAAAGAUGAUGAGCAAACGAAGGAGAUCGUUGAUGAGGAAGGAUGGUUGCAUACGGGAGAUAUUGGUUUAUGGUUACCUGGAGGACGUCUAAAAAUCAUUGACAGGAAAAAGAACAUUUUUAAGCUGGCUCAAGGGGAGUACAUUGCUCCUGAGAAGAUUGAAAAUGUAUAUGCGAAGUGCAAGUUUAUUGCCCAGUGCUUUGUAUAUGGUGACAGCUUUAAGUCUUGCCUAGUUGCAGUAGUUGCAGUUGAACCUGAGAUUUUGAAGAUGUGGGCUGCAACAGAACGAAUCCAGUAUGACAGCCUUGAACAACUGUGUUCUGAUCCAAGAGCACGAGCCGCUGUACUUGCUGAGAUGGAUGAAGUUGGAAAGCAAGCUCAGCUGAGGGGUUUUGAAUUUGCAAAAGCUGUUACUCUAGUACUGGAUCCUUUCACCAUGGAGAAUGGACUCCUCACCCCAACAUUCAAGAUCAAGAGGCCACAGGCAAAGGCCUAUUUUGCAACAGCAAUUGCAAAUAUGUAUGAAGAACUGUCCAAAUCUUUUCCAUCUCCACAGAAGUCAUCAUUAUGACCCCUAUGUUGUUAAUGAGUAGAUAAACACAUUAUUUAUCAACUUGUAUCAAUAAAUAAAAUUGUAUUUGUAUUGAUGGUUUUAACAUAUGGUUUCUUUUGAAAAAUCUAUGAACCAUGUUGAAUGAAAAUUUGAAAAAGUAAAUGAA